UAAAGUAAUGUGUGUUUGUUAUGAACAGAAACACUGAAGCGGGAUGACAUGGUAACUUCGUUUACAAAUGAAUGGGUAUACUAGGACUCGAUCCACAUAUACACGGAUGUGCGUUUAGUGUAGUUCGUUGCGCAAUCAAUGUCAGCUACGGUGAAAAGCACGGAUCACGGAUUGAAAGUAUGGCGAUGGCAAGUUGGAUGAUUAGAGGGAGAACUUUACGUUCUGGACGUUCAAUACGUAGUCGGCAUGACAGCGAAGAUGAAGUGCAACUAGAUUUCUCGAAAGAUGCAAAUGAAAAUGCACGGGAGAUUCUUUCCUACAUUUGCAAGAAACAAGGACUUAGUGAAGGAAAGCGGUUUAGUUACCUAAAUGUAUUAGUCAAAUUGGUUACGAAAUCGGACGUUUGGGCUGGAGGCCUUGGUUACACCAUAGAAGAAUUACAGUGCUGUUUGCGUGUAGCAUUAGUAAAUGAAGCUUCUCAAGUUCGUGCUGCGGCUUUACGUGCUGUCAGAUAUCUUUUGAAAGAAGAAAAAGAUGUCAGGAUAUUAAACAAGCUUCGUUACCCUUGCCUUAUAUCCCGGAGUCUGGAUUUGAUGCUGAGAAAUGAUGCGGAGCGAGUUCAGGCCCUGCGGCUGGUCCGUCGGAUGCUUGUUCUUGCUCCCAUGGAUUUCCCUAUCUCGUUGGCACGCUCACUAGUGUCUUUAGCAAAUGGUGCAGCUGAAGAAAAGGAUAGGAUGCUGCGGUCUUGCCUCGCAACACUUGCCGAAAUCUGUGUUCUGAACUCUGAAGCAUUUAUCUUAUGUGGUGGAGUAACUGCUGUGAUGCGCAACCUGUUGGAUUGUCAAAUGCCACGUAUUGCUGAGUCCUUGUGUGGAAUACUGUUGUUCCUGCUGAACAAUCCAGCCACAAGAAGCAAAGCUGGGAUUUCCCUCCAGUCACUUGCUGCCCCAUACUGUGACUUCCAUCUGAACAUUGAUCGAAAUAGGGAUGAACGAGAAAUCCAGUUCCAUUGCAGCAGGCUGGCUCUGUUGUCUGUUCUGCGUUCAUGGCCUGGCUUGCUUCACUUCUGUCAUCCCGCAAAUAGCUCUGGGCUGAGAUCCCUAGUUAAUGUAUUGUAUUUGAAGCAGUUAGAAGUUAGGAAAGGCGUUCUGGAUUUGCUGUACGAACUGCUGGGUCUGCCACAGCCAGAGUGGACAGAUGAGUUUAGUGUGGCACUUGAUGCUGUUGAUCCAUCACACCCUCGUGACACUUGGAAACUGCAGGAAGGGUUUGUAAGUGCAGAAGGGAGGGACAUUUUGCCACAUCUAGCAAGGUUCAGGCCAAACAUUGUGGAAAUACAUCUUGCAUUGCUUCUUUAUACGUUUCUUCAUGCUGGAUUACUGGAGGCAAUUGUUGAAGUUAUAGUCUCUUCUGAUACUUUUAUAUCUGUCAGAGCCACUAUUCUAUUAGGUGAAUUGUUGCAUCUGAUACACAAUUUAUUACCACCAGAAUGCUGCAACCUAACUCCAGCUUUACCAAACUUGCUGUCACAUGCCUCAAAUGCUUCAGUUCCAUCUGUUCAGCAUCAGGCUUUGUCCGCAGUUGCUAUAUUAUCACAUCUGCAUACUAUGCUGAAACGAAGGCCAGCACCAGCAUCUCUCUUCUUGGACCGAACUCUGCAGGCUGGAGGAUGGGGCCGUGAAGAAAGCAAGGCUGGAAAACGCUCCAAAGUAUAUACGCUUGUAGUGCCAAAGGAAGGUGAUGACCUUUUGAAAGAUUCUGCUGUUUUGACUCAUAAAGAUGGAUUCUCUUGGAAUUGGAAUGUAGUGAGAGCAGUUUUGAAGAGUCGCAGUGAACCUCUGAAAAAGCUAGAAGACUCUAAUCAUCGUACUUUUCUGAAAAGACUUGUUCAUUACUUCAAGCCUUCAAGUAAUCGGUUCUCUCGUGUUGAACUGGGGAACAAGAAACAGACUCAGAUGUACACUCUGGCUGGACUGGAGCUAAUAGACUGUCUUUUGGAAGUGGAGGAGGCUGAAGGUGGUAAACUGUUAAAUGAACUGCUGGCAGACAUUUGGGUUCAGAUUGAUGCCAUCACAUCCUCCAAGAGUGCCCAUGACUGUCUCUUCAGCCCUCAGCAUAUGUCAAAUUCAGUUUGUCAGGACUACUUUAUGUUUAUUGGACGGCUUUGUCGGUGUAGUAAGGGGUUACGUGUGUUGGAUAAAGCAGGCAUCUUUCAGCAGCUGCUUCAUUUGGUUGUGUCAACUAACCAUGACUGCUACGUGAAGCUUGUCGUCUCUGGCCUUGACUACAGUAUGGAUGGUAUGCCCAGGGUAAUCCUGAGUAAGGUCCUCACUGCCCCAGCAGAGUCUUUCCGCCUUUAUGCAACUCAGUUCCUAUUAGUCCUUCUGCGUGCCAGAUUAACAGACUUCCAGAAGUGGGGGAUAGAAUUACUAGUGAUGCAGUUGUAUGACCAAAGUAAAGCUGUGUCAUUGGCAGCUAUAGCAAUUUUAGGUGAAGCCACAGAAGAGAAGAUAUUCUUGGAUGCUGUUAUAUCACUGCGACCAUCAUUGCUUCAUCUCGGGGAUAAAGGCCUACUGCUUCUCAUUAGGUUCCUGUCAACUGCUAAUGGCUUUACCUUCCUUCAGGAUGCAAAUUUUGUAACUACCCAGCUGGAUAGGUGGGCCAGCAACUACAACUACAGGUAUGUACGUCUGGUUGAAGGAGAUAUACAUGACUCCUUGACAUUGCAUCAAUGUGGUGAGGAUGGUCGGUACAGUCGCCGUGUCACCAAUACCAAACAUUAUGUGCGAGAUGUCUUCAUUCCACCACAUUUGUAUGGACAGUUGGUUCAACACGAGAAGGGCUUCCAACUUCUGGUGAAAGAAGGGAAGCUGCAUAACCUUUUCCAAUGUGUUCAUAGUGGACAUUGUAGUUCAGAUCAGGAUAUCUUGGAGCUGAAAGCAGCGCUGUGGGGUUGUGGUCAUGUUGCCACUUCUCCAUCAGGCAUUUCCCUCCUUGCAGAACAAGGGAUUGUGCAUGCAGUGCUGCAUUUGGCACAGACUUGCCCUGUCUACUCUGUACGGGGAACAGCUUUUUAUGUGCUUGGACUGAUGGCAACAACGUUCGAGGGAGCAAAUCUUCUGAGCAAAGCAGGUUGGUUAUGUGUACGUCAUCAUCGUCAUGAUCGUUGGCCUGUAAUCACAGAGGAUGAAGAUGAAGAUGAACCACCAUCUGAGACAGAAUUGUUGCAGCAGUCCGGACUUUAUGUUGAAGGUGACAGCAUCUCCUUCUCCAGCCAGGUCGCUACAGGAUGGGAGUCGAAUUGCAGUUCUGCCACAAAGCAGAGGUCCUAUACUGUAGGUAGCAGUCAAGAUUCAAAUGCUGGUCGAUUCUACAUUCCUUGUGAUGAUGAUGAGGAUGAUGCUGAUGUAGGCAGCACAAGAAGUGGGGACGAUGAAGGGUUUCAUUUAGAAGAGACAAUGAGUUCAACACAAUGGAUUCACUUACCAGAAAGUAAUGUUAAUGACACCAUUGAGCAGCAGCGUAAGUCUCGGACCCUUCCUCACCCAAGGCAUCAUAGUGUGUCAGCAGCACCAUUCCCACAUCGUCAUUCCCGAAGUCUUAGUGAAUGUAAACAGACACAUGUGCAAGCUUUGCCUACUGCAACAGUUGUUCAAGCAAGAGACUGGGCACUUGGGCCUACAAGGAAGGACUCUUCAAGGGGCGAACAGGAAAGCAAGAGCCGCUGCAAUAGCUGUACAGAUUCAAGUGGUGUGAGUUCAUGUGACUCAGGAGGACUUGGACCCACAGGCAAGCAUGGAGGGCCUCAUGAGCAGACACUAAGUCCAAUUCAAAGUUCAACUUCUCUCAACACACUUAAAUCAGGGGCUGUUGCUGAGGAAGCUAAGGGAAGUCAAAUUUCUUACAGGAAAUUGUCAUCCAUCCAUGGUAGCAUAACGUCAGGUCUCACUUCUCCUGAUGCAUCAAGCUGUCGUCUGAGCCAGCAGGAUAUGCUUGGCUAUGCAACAUUACGUUAUUUGCAUCGGUAUCAUCGGCCUUUGUAUUCUGACACCGUCUCUCUCGCUGCCAUGGAAUUACUUGUACUUGAUGAACAUGGACAUAGCCCAUCAUCUAGUCAUUCCUCAUGUGCAAGCCGAGCUUUGAAAGUGCACAGUCUGGAUAGGCACUAUGCACAUCCAGGCAUGUGUGAGUUUGAAGCAAGUCUUCCUCCGCAGCUGCUAAGUGGAGCAAGUUCCAUUUCUCUGGCACCUCGAACAUACAUUGGCAGUAGAUCCAACCUUGCAGCAGCCAGACAUUCAGGGCUUGUAACUGAAAGCAGUUCCACACAGCAGUGUUACAUGGGGAUCUGUCUGCCACGAGAGCUGGCCUGUUUGUACCCAAGAGAAGAGCCAACAAAACCUGCAGAGCAGAAAGACAGAAGUUGUCAGGGAGGAGACUCAGAGAGACGAAGAUCUACAUCAGUUGGAGAAAUGGAGGAUUUGCAGGAAGCAGGGGAAGAAGAUAUUGAAACCAGCUGCAGCUCAGAUUCUGAAGAUCUUGAAAGUCAGAUGAAGACGUAUCACAGUGCUGCUGUAGCUUCAGACUACCGCCAUAGUUCAACUAACUGCUUGGCCUGCUGCAGGUUGAGGGAUAGAAAGAUUUCGGCCAGCUCCUACCAUCGCUACAGAACAGAUACCGAAAGCAGUUAUGGUGGUGGGGAGUCCCCAAUACUGAUGCCGAGGCGACGCAAGUCUCAUAGUGCUAGCUGUUGUUUGCUGGGACUCACUCCAGGUGGCAGUGUGGAGAGUGGGAAUAGUACUAGUCUCGAUAUUGGUUCUUGCCAUCAACGUGAGUCUGAAGAAGCAGGAACACCCAGUAAAGCUUUAAUCCGCCGUGAGAUCCUUAAACAUGUAAUGCGUAUGAGCAAUCCUGUAUGGAUCAAACUGUCCAAGCAAACACUUCUUCAACUGAAACAGCAAUAUCCAGCAGUGUUCCAAGAUGUGUGCCUCUAUUCUGAGGUUUCCCAUCGAAUGGGCUCAGCAACAUACAGACUUACAGCAAGGAGAUUUCUCCAAGAACUAUUCUUGGAUCUUCAGUUUGAUGCUCUGUAUGAAGAGCCAGCCGCCAUCUUGCAGAGUCAGCAGUCUGUAAUGGAGGGCACAAAUGGUGGUGCCAUAAAUUCUACACAAAAUAAUGGCCACAGUCCUGCAUCUUCAUCAACAAACUUGCAAAAUGUGUCCAACAAUCAAGAUAUCGUUGGUGGACUUUCAUUGCAGAGCUUGGCACAACCACAAGGCAUUACAAUGACUGUAGAACAACCUGCAAGUCCUACUGGGAACAUACCAGAAGUCACUACUGGUACUAAUGCACAUCAGGAAGGUGUUAUUAGUAAUGGAGAGAAACCAUCCAUAUGUGAAAAUGCAACCUCCAAAUCUGGUUUGAACACAAAGACUGCCUCUUUAGAUACAGUUGCUCCUGGCAAAGUUUUGGUGCCACAUGGUGUGCAUACAGUUAGAUCUCCCCCACUAGAAGUUGUAAAAGAAGAAUCUUCCGCAUUGGUUUCACAUUUAGGUGUGUUAUCUGUAUCAAGUGCCACUGAGAGUGGCCUUGUUCCAGAUCAAUUUCCUGUAGGAAGUGCAAUGAAGCAAUUGGUGAGUGUUUCAAAUCCUAUAAUUGUGAGUGCUAGAAAUGAGGUUCUGAUCUCAGCAGCUGAAGAUGUUGAUCACAUUUGUAAUGAUUCAUUACCAUUUAGUUUUCCUACACAGUGGACUACUCAUAUUGAAAAUGCAAGUUUGUCUAGCUCCACAGAGAGCAUGACAUCACAUACAUUUACUUCCAACAUUAAGAAAGUUCCAUUUCCUGUGGUAAUUACUGAACGAAGUCCACAAGUUGACUCUGAAGAAUCCAUUUGUUCUCUUAUUGACUCCCAACGUAAGAAAACAAAUUCAGAGCAGUCUGUUGUUUCUAUGCCUAAGACACAAGAAGAAGCAGAAGAUUGUGUUGCUUUACCAAAUGUUGUUGAAAACGUUUGCAGCUAUGAUUUACUAGUCACAGAGAGUAAGAGUCAGGAAUCAGGAAACCUUAAUUUGCCAACUCAAGAAAGGUACACUUUUUGUCAAAAUUCCGGUGAAAGUGCUGUGAGUGUAACUCCGUUAGUUUCAAGUGUAGUGCCUGACUCUGCAAUCAAUAGAAGUGGAUGGAAAGCACCAGAACUCCAGAAUAAGCAACAUGAAAGUUACUCAGCUACACAUGUUCAAAGGAGUACUUUGAAUUGUGUAUCACAGACAGCAUUGUGUCCAAAUACUCCAAGUGCAACAGUGAUUAGUAUACCGAAGAGUAAAUCAGUAUUAAAGGACAGUUCUGACCUUUUGCCUCCAAAUAGUUGUAAACUAGAAACAUGUAUCAGAGCUACAGAGAGUGCAUUUUCACCUGUGAAAGCAGUGUUCGUGCAUGAAAUCAGUUUACCAGAACCAUCUGUACCAUGUCAAAUGCAAGCAUUAAUGCCUUCCCAUAGUGAGUCAGCAUCUGCCAGUGAAGGUGUUACAUCAAUGAACACAAAUAAUCACACAGGUGCCUCAUCUACACUGGAUAGUAAUGCUACAACAUCACAGAAUAAGCAGACAAUACAUAGAAUUGUGAAUGAGGAUCUGACUUCUAGUCUUGAAAUAUUUCCAGAGAAUCAAUCUUUCACUGUUACAGUUAAUAAUUUUCCUGAGAUGAAAAGUACGUCUUCAGCAGAUGUGAUGGGAACAUGUGAUCCUGAGUGUAGGGAUACUAAGAGCCAAGUUCCUGCCAAAACUGUUGUGAUUGGUACUAGACAAAGAAAGUUGGCCACUGCAUGUCCACCAAACAUAUCAUCGCUCACCAGAACUGUUACAAAAACAGUUCCUGCUAGUGCAGACAGCAAGAAGGUGCAAUGUAGUGAUAGUCCUUGCAAGUCUGGCAGUUCAGAUCUUGCAAGAGGAGAGUCUGUAAAAAUUAAAUCUAAGAUAAAGAAAUGAUUUUCACAUAUGUAUUGUGUUAAUCAUAUGAUCAAAAUAUUUAAUUUUAUGUCAAAUGCCUGAAGUGUAAAUAUAUUCAGUGUUUAUUUUAUAUCAUGUGAUAUGACUGCUUAAUGUGUUAGCCACAGGGGUUGUGAAACUCCAAGAUAAAAUCUGCCCUUUCUUUUCCAUUCACUGGAACCACCCAGCAACAGAUAUUUUUCUGAUCGUCUGUUAUACACAUUGUUUCCAACCAGUUAUUAAACAGAUCAAUUCUGAUGGUGAUGUCAGUUUAGUGGGUCAGUUAAGUUUUCCUUUCCACUGAUGACUUAGAUUGUUUAUUUGCAAUUAAACAGUUUUCCAAGUUCACACGUUUCUGCUUCCACUUUUCUGUCCAAUGGCUGUAUUAUAUCUGUGCAUUAUAUAUUGCUUAAAUUGAUUCUGUCUACCAUUACAUGGUAUAUAGGAAGAAAUUUGUAUUCUUUUGUAAAACUAAAGAAUUGACCAUAUAUGGUAUCAGAAUUGACAUUUUCUGUCUGCACAACUUUCCAUCAGUCCCUCUAAUUUUCAUGAUAUUCUAAUAUAAGUGUUUAAUUUUUACAUAAAAUAUAAUGUGAAAGUAGUGUUUCCCACAAACCCUUAUGAGCCUGAACAACAGGCUUAACAUUCACGAUAUUAAACUAGACUAUACUUGUGAAAUGAAUUGAACUGACAUAAGAGAGAGUCUUCAUGGUUGUCUUCUGUGAUGACAGUGUUGAACCUUCAGACUCUACAGUGAUGGAACUAACUGAAUAGCUCAGUCGUUAAUGGUUUACACUUUUCCUUCUAUGGUUACAUUAUUUUAUGUUGGUUACUCUGAAGAUGGUUGAUUCCUAUCUGCAGAUUUGUUUUUAUCAAACACCUUAAUCUUAUUGUGGUGCUUUAUUUAACUUUAGUUUCCAAAUUUAUUACUUUCCUUUGUGCAGUUAUUAAUUUUUCCACAAGAGUACCAAAUAAAAUCUAAUUUCAUUUAUUAAACAGAGUUACAUGCAAAAUUCAUAAAGCCUGCUUUCCUGUUGCAUAAUUUUCUAGUCCUGCAGACUCAUAAAAUUUUCAUUGUUUGUUCAUUUUUAUGAAGAACUUACUACUUAAUGUACAGGAUCUCAUUUUAUUGAAUUUGUUGAGUAUAACCAUGUUUUGUAUUGUCACCAUGUGUGUAACAAUGUGAAGGUAUAUUUAUGAUCUAUCUCUACCAAAUUCCACAUGCCUGGAUCCAGUGUUUCAUUUAUUACCAUCAAACUGAAAGCCAAAGGUAACUUCCAAAUGGCCAUCAUGUUGUUACUUUACAUUCAACAAAAAUAUUACAUUAAUAAAAGCUGUUUAUUUAUAAAAGAUUUGUUGCCAUACAUAAUUACAUGACCCUAAGUGUUACUGCUGUAACUUGUGCCUCACAAGUUUGCAAAUCUGUUGCGCUGUUAUUACUGAUAUUAAGAAAAUG